UCACAAUACUCCUCCAGCGCAGAGUGACACCGGGCCGGUGUGAUCAUCCGUCGAGGUAGCGACCAUGCCGACUGUCAGCGUUAAACGAGAUCUCCUUUUCCAAGCUCUUGGAAGAACAUUUACUGAUGAAGAAUUUGACGAGCUAUGUUUCGAAUUCGGCCUUGAGUUGGACGAGAUUACAUCAGAGAAAGAUAUAAUCAGCCGUGAACAGGGGGACCAGAAGGCUUCAGAAGCUUCAGAUGUGGUUCUCUAUAAGAUUGAUGUGCCUGCUAACCGCUAUGACCUCCUCUGUUUGGAAGGCUUGGUCAGAGGCCUGCAGGUCUUCAAAGACAAAAUGGAGGCCCCACGCUACAGUCGUGUAAAUCCUCUGAAUGGUGAUCCACAAAGGCUGAUCAUAACUGGAGAGACAGCGUCUGUGAGACCCCAUGCUGUGGCUGCAGUCUUGCGCAACAUCACCUUCACACCGGAGCGCUAUGACAGUUUCAUCGAACUUCAGGAAAAACUGCAUCAAAACAUCUGCAGAAGAAGGACAUUGGUUGCGAUAGGAACCCAUGACCUGGACACCAUCUCAGGGCCGUUCACCUAUACAGCCAAAGCACCCGAUGACAUCCGCUUCAAGCCGCUCAAUCAGAAUCAGGAAUAUAGUGCCACCCAGCUCAUGGGCUUCUACAAGACAGACAGCCACCUACGGCACUACCUGCACAUCAUUGAGGAUGAGCCGCUCUACCCGGUCAUUUACGACAGCAACGGGAUCGUGCUGUCCAUGCCGCCCAUCAUCAACGGCGAUCACAGCAAAAUCUCCGUUAACACGAAGAACGUUUUUAUCGAGUGUACUGCCACAGACCUAACUAAGGCAAAGAUUGUUUUGGAUAUGAUUGUAACCAUGUUCAGUGAACAUUGCGACCAGCCAUUCACAGUUGAGGAGGCAGAGGUGGUCUAUCCAGAUGGCAGGAUGGUCACCUAUCCUGAGCUGGCUUAUAGGACAGAAACACUUUCAGCAGACUACAUCAACAGCAAAGUCGGCAUUAAUGAGACAGCAGAAAGCAUAGCUCAACUUUUAACCAGGAUGUGUUUGAAGUCAGAGGUCACUAGCGAUGGUGCUGAGAUCCAAGUUGAGAUCCCGCCCACUCGAUCUGAUGUCAUCCAUGCCUGUGACAUCAUGGAGGAUGCUGCAAUGGCGUAUGGUUUUAACAACAUCACAAGGACAACGCCACGCACAUAUACUGUAGCCAAUCAGUUCCCUCUCAACAAGCUGACAGAGCUGUUGAGAUUAGACCUAGCAACAGCUGGAUUUACAGAAGCUCUAACCUUUGCACUGUGCUCUCAGGAGGACAUAGCUGAUAAACUGCAAAAGAACCUCAAAGACACGAAAGCUGUACACAUAUCCAACCCAAAAACUGCAGAGUUUCAGGUGGCACGGACCACGCUGCUUCCUGGGCUCCUGAAGACUCUAGCUGCCAACAGGAAGAUGCCCCUUCCCCUCAAACUGUUUGAGAUCUCAGACGUGGUACUGAGGGACGAAAGCACUGAUGUAGGUGCUCGGAACAGUAGGCGUCUGUGUGCGGUGUAUUACAACAAAACUCCAGGCUUUGAGGUGAUCCAUGGCCUUCUAGACAGAGUCAUGCAACUGCUAGAGGUCAAACCAGGGCGUAACCAUGGUUACUACAUCCAGGCAGCAGAAGAUUCCACCUACUUUCCCGGCCGCUGUGCGGAAAUCUUUUCUCACGGUAAAAGCAUCGGACGCCUCGGGGUCCUUCACCCUGAUGUCAUCAACAGCUUUGAGCUCACCAUGCCCUGCUCUGCCCUUGACAUUGAUAUUGAGCCCUUCCUGUGACCUUGUAGCUUAAGCCAUUCCCGCAUAAGUAACUAUGCCUGCCAGCUACACUCAUAAAUGAUCAUUAUUGGCUCCUGGUGGUUACACCCCCUUUAAACCCACACGAAUCAGGAGGCAGUGGGCGGAGUCUGCAUUCUGUUCUAUGUUGAAAUUGUGCAGAACAUCACUGUUUCAAUAAGGCCCCUUUAUAGACAGUCCAACUGAAUGCAUAUUUAAUCAUUUGUAUACAGCAGGUUUGUGUUUAUGUACAAUACAUGGAAUUACGUCUCACAUAAAAUAAAUAUAGAUGAAAACAGCCAGAUGUUGGUCUUUGGUUACUAGACUGUUGAAAUUGUUCUUAAAGAAACGUCUUUGUCAACUGAAUCUGAUUCCCUUUAUUUGAGAACUAUACUGGACAUAAAGAACAUGACUUUUA